UUUCGCCAAUCCAUUGCAAUAUUUUUCACCGUCGACAAGUAGUAGAAAGGAUAAGGAAUUUUCAUAGGUUUUUUAUUUGACUCUCGCAAAUUUGUAAAAAAUGGAAAACUUUGGCAGUGAAAUUGGCCAGAAAAUGCGGAGUGCUGUAAAAGCCAAGCUCUUAGAGUUAGGCACUGGUGGCACUGCCGGCUACAUAGACGAUGAAUUGCCUGAUUAUGUGAUGAUUAUGGUGGCAAACAAGCGUUCCAAACAGCAAAUGAUUGCCGACCUUAAUCUUUUUCUGGGCUCGCAGACUGAACUGUUUGUAACUUGGCUGCAUGAGGUGCUGCAGAAGUUGCAAGAAGUCACUUUGCCGGCAGUUAGUGCAACUAAAAAACGUAAAGCAGAACCAAAACAAGAAGUGGUAAGCAAGAAGGAUCGUAAAACUAGCAAAAGAGAUCGAAAAACAUCCACAUCAAAAAAAUCAGCAGAUGAAGUGCAAAGUACGUCUGUGAACACUACCGAAAAAUCAGCAGGUGCUACCAACGCACCAACAGUGCCACCCAUUAACUCUAUUACUGACGUAUUUGCUGAUGUAUUUCUUGAAAAAGCAAAGAAAACACUCAGCACAACUGCUGAAGCGACAGCGCACAUUAAAAAAGCUAAAAGCAACACCAAAACGACGAGUACUGACACAACAACAAAAACCCCAACAACCAAGUCUAUAAAUGAAAAGUCUAUAUCAGCAAUAGAUAUUACACCAAUCCAAGACGAACGUUGCAAUGGCGCUGGCGGAGAUGGUGACAGCGUUAACAGAAAGAGCUCAGGAUCAACUGCGCCGGUAAGCAGUGGCAAUAGGGAGAAAGAUUUGGCGGAGUUGGCAGAAAUACAAAAGAAAAUCUAUGCAGCUAAAAAGCAUUUACGGCAGUUAGGUGAACUGGAUGAUAACACUGAUGAUGAUGAUGAUUUCAUUAAUUUGAAGGAAGAUGGCAUGGAGGACGAGGAAGGGGAAAAUGUUAGCCCACAAGAAACUGAAAUGAUUUCAACCAUACAAACCGAACAGCAAAUUAGCGCGAGGAGAAGCCCGAUAAUUUUUGACGCAGGCGAGAAACAAAUACAGGAACCGAUAUCUACAGAAAAGGAAAUAGCAGAUAUAUCUUCGCAUUUCACACCUCCGCCUCAAGAAUUAGUUGCCAAAAAAAUGAUAAAAACCAGUGAACAAUUAAAUAGUAGUGGAGGACGAGGUCAAUCCCCAUCAAAACAGCAAAAUCAGGAAAGAGAGAAAGAAAGCGUUCAUGACAAGCAAUGGAACCGGGAUCACGAGCGUGAUAAACGCGAGACCCCGUUUGAGGCAACUAAAAGGCCUGUGCAUGAGCGAUUGGGCGUACGUCUGCCAGCAGCACGCGAACCGCAAUUUCCAGUUCGUCGCCAACGGGAAGAUAAACAACUAUUCGUGCCUUCCUUCCGUAGGAAAGACAACGGCAAUGAUCGCGAAAGAGAACGAGAGCGCGAUAAAGAUAGAGAACUUGAACGUGAAAGGAUAAGAGAAAGGGAACGGCAGCGAGAACGAGAACGCGAUAGAGAAAGGGAGCGUGAAAGAAAUCGUGGUCCGGCACAAUUGCGUGGCAGAAGUGAAGACAGGCGUAAAGAUCGCGAUUUGGAGCGUGAACGUGAACGCCAAAGAGAUCGAGGCAGAGACCGAAGCCGCGAUCAAGUUAAUAGGCGUAAGGAGAAUGAACCAAGAAUGCGACGCUCGUUAUCGCCAAUACUACGUCGCACCACAUCGACUAACCACAAUCGCGCACUGCCCAACAUUACUGUAUCAGCUAUAGUUAAACCCCAUUAUGCCAAGAAGGAUAUUGUCGACGCAAAUAGUGACGAUGAUGGUAAUGAUGGCUCCUCAUCAACAUCAGGAACCUCUUCGGAUAGCGAAGAAGAUAGUGCCAAUGAAGAUGCGUCACCUUCACAUUCGUCGCAAACGCAGCGCCAACGUAUCGGUUCGCGUGUUAUCGUAGCGCCCGUCAAACCAGUCGAAUCAUCGGAGGAGGAGGACAAAUCAUUGAAUUCAAUUAUAAAAAUUAAGCCUCGCGCCCCAGUCUCACCCAGUAAACAGGCUUGCAAGACGCUGUUGUUACGUGCCGUUGCCGAAGCACAACGAUCCACUAUAAUUAAGUCACGACACAAAGAACAGAAGGUGGCAGCAAAUAAAAUUAGUAAUAUUGUAAAAGAUCCUACAGAUGAGCGCAAACUGUAUACCAAAGGCUAUCGCGAGAGACUAAAUCGUGGCGCGAAAGUCACAUCCACUUCCUCCACAUCGAAUUUGUUUAGGCGUGCAACGCAAAAUCUUGUAAUAAAAGUGGAAAGCGAUAUGCCAUUGCGGAAACGACGGCGAGCGGAAAUGAAUGAGAUUGUUGGUACCGACCAGGCAGAUUUUGAAGAAGAUGAAGGGGAAGAAGUAAAAUUGGAGGAGAAAUAUGUGCCAGGCACGGUGUUCCAACGGGUUGAUUCCAAUCACGAAUACGUGUACGUACCGCAAAUGAUACGCAUAAAAAAUGAGGAUCAGGAGAGUAACGAAAGUGACGAAACUGAUGAAACGACUGAAGAUGGAAAUGAUAAUGACAAGACCUCUUUGGAUAAGGGCUCGCAAAGGAAAACGCAGUUUGUGGUUACCCUUAAUGAUGAAAAAUCUGCAUUGAAGUUCAUGAAUAGAGCUUCAGCCGCAUUGAAACGCGCACGUUCUGAAUCGCCAUUGCAACAAGUGUCAUCUUCAUCUUCGAUUUCGCGUUCUAAACGCGCGGAAGCCUCAUCUACAACCACAACAACAACAGUAACGCAAGGCGCAAGACCACCAGCCGCACGCGAGAAAGAACACAACAGUCGCCGUUCAAACAUUAAAUCGCGUCUUUCUGCGAAAGUGGUGCCAACCUCAACAGUACCACGCAUCAGUGAUCACGACUCGUCGAACUCAUUGCCAGCAACACCGCCACUACGGCGCUCUGAUUUAAUUGAAGCCUACCGCAAGCCAAAAGAAAUUAAAAAGAUCAUCAUUAAAAAUGAUACAGACGACGAAGAGAUGAGCCCAAAAAAGUUGUCCUCGACUGUGGUUGUUAGCAAUGACAAUCCACAACGCAAACACAAGCGGACGCACAGCGAAGACCGAAACAAUCAAAGCGCACGCUCGGCUACACCAACUCCGACAAGAAAAUCAGAGCAGGGCGUAUCGUCGAAAACCCCGCCCAAAAGUAAACGCACGCCAAUUAGUAGUCAACAUGACAGUAGAUCGCGUGACUUAGAUUAUUACGAUCGUGAUAAUGUUUCAGCAAGUAAACGACGUUCCAAAAGUGAGGAUAGCGCAUACGAGAGAGAACGCGAACGUGAACGCGAUCGUGAUCGUGAACGGGAGCGUGAACGGGGACGAGAGAGGGAACGUGAUCGUGAGCGUGACCGUGAACGAAUUCACGAACGUGCUGCAUCACGCGAUUAUUCCGCUGAUCGCCAGAGUGGCGAGGAGCGGCGCAAGAUCUCAACGCGAAAUGUGGAGGCGAAAAAGUAUGACAACAUACCUUCUCUGAGCUCCGUCACCUUGGACUCAGCAGCGGUGCGUGUGCUCAAGACAAAGGAACGUUGUAAAUAUCACCCAAAUUGCACAAAACAAUUUUGUGAUUAUUAUCAUCCGACGGCGCCAUGUAAAAGUUUCCCCAACUGCAAAUAUGCAGAUAAAUGCUUGUACUCACACCCGCACUGCAAAUACGAUCUCGCCUGCACUAAUCUGGACUGCAAUUACUCGCACAGCGGACCGCGUGAUCCGGCACAACUGGUACCACAAGCGCCGCCUUUAUCCUCCCACGUCGUGCCUGUACAAAAUUACAAAUCGAUUUCAGCCACAACAGCCGCUAGCACCAUGUGCAAAUACUACCCCACAUGCACAAAGGUUGGGUGCACUUUCUACCAUCCCAAACCAUGUCGAUUUGGCAAGAAUUGCAUAAAUAAGUUGGAGUGUAAUUUCUAUCAUCAUGAAGUGCAGAGCAGCAGCAAAUUCAAGUGGGUCGCAUCGGUUGUUUAAAAUGAAUUGAUGUGCGUUGUAUUUUAAGCUAUGGUGCACAUUUUAGUACAUUUUGUGUGGAUGUAAAUUUAAUUGCUGCAACGCAAAUUAUUUCAUAUUUAUAAUCAUAAAUAUAAUUGCUGCGUAUCCAUGCUUUACGUAAUUACAAAACGUAAAGAGAAAGACAAAAACACAAAAAAAACUAUAUAUAUAUAAAAAUUUUAAAUUAUUGAAAAAUAAAUAUUCUCGCAUAUUAAAAAAAGGAUAGUAAACUAUACGUAAACAUAAAAACAGCUAUACAAAAUAUAUUGUAAUAGUGUUUGCAGUGAUUUCUUGAAAUACAUAGAAUAGUAAACAUUUUCAAAUUCAACGGCUUAUCGAAUAAUUAUAAAUGCAAACAAAAUGUAAUAAAGUUAUAAAGCAGAAAAACGCUUGAUAUUACAUAUUAA